AUGACUCGCUCUCACAAGGCCAAUGAUAUCCCCCACAACCACCCCGAGGCCGUGGCUGCCUUUGACGAACACAAGAUCCCCAAGUACUUUGGAAAGACCGGCUUUGUCGACAUGGCUCCCAACAAGACUAAGAAGAACGGUGGUGGUAAGGGCAAUUGGGGUCGUGACGGAGACGAAAUCGAUAUCACCGAAUUCAAUACCUUCAAGCCCCGCCGUCGCUCCAACUCCAUGGGCAACAUUGAGAACCAAUUUGUCCCCAGCAAAUUCGAAGUGGUUGAUGAACCUGUCUACGAUGAAAGGGUCCAUGGGGCUCGUCACCCUGGAGUCGUGGAUGACGGGGCCGAACUGGCCUCUACCAUUUCCAACACUUCUUCUGUUGAGGGUGAAAAGGCUUAG